AUGUACAGGACACAGAAGUCCCUGGCUCUGCAAAAGAAAGCUUCUGAAGUGGUCCCUUCUGCAACAACUGAAGUUUCUGUUUCCAAAGACUCUGGAGUUCAACCCGUAGGGACCGACUUGAUGUCAAAAACAGACGCUUCCCCGGCUAAAACAACAACGACUCCCAUCGUGGAGCAACUGAGGAGUGCCAUCAUUUCUCCGGUAAAAGUGCCUGCGGCAUCUCCUGUGGAGGAAUUGACCGUUACAGCCAUUCCUGCUGCAAAAGUAGCAAUGGCAUCUUCCGAGGAGAAGUCUACUAGUAUCGUCAUUUCUCCCACGAAAGACACGACAACAACAUCUUCUAUGGAGAAAUCUACUAGUAUCGUCAUUUCUCCCACGAAAGACACGACAACAUCUUCUAUGGAGAAAUCAAAGAGUACCGAUAGUUUUCCGACAGAGACCAUCACGGCACCACCCGUGAAAGAGCCGACCAUUCCGGGCAUUUCCCUCACCGAAACAGCCACGACGGCAUCAUCUGUGCAAGAAUCGCCGAGUGUCGCCACUUCUCCGUCAAAAGCGGCGAUUGCUUCUACCAUGGUGGAUUCCUCCAGUGUCAGCAUUCCCUCCACAGAAGCGGCGACGACAUCUCCCUUGAAAGAAUCGACUGUCAUCGAGCAGCAGAAGAGUGAAAAAUCUUCCACUGAAGUAAUCACCAGUCCUGGACAGAAUAGCGAUCCCGACAUUCCCAAACAGGUGCCGGCCAUGGACCAAGUUUCUACGGCUGAAGAAUCCUGCUCGACUUCGAAAUCAGUGGAACCUCCCGAACAGGAAAAUGACAUGUUGGAGUCUAAGAGUAAGGAUGCAGACCAAUCCAUCACAAGUAAAGAUGUUUCCAAGCAGACUGUUGUUGCAGAUUCCUCCUCCACAAAUACGAUUCCGAAAGAGUCGGUACCUGAAGAGGAUCGUGCUCCGAUAGCAGCAACCCCUACUCCCGAAAAGAAAAGAGGUAGGGGUCGGCCUAGAAAAGUACCCAAAGAAGACAGAGACUUAGAGAAAGAACCAGAACCAGUCCGGGAAAAGGAGCCGACUCCUCCGCCGGUCACCCCGGACUUGGCUUCUCCCGGAAUCCGCAAGAGCCAGCGGGCACGCAAGAGCAAAUUCUCUGCAGAUCACAGCGACUACGUGUCGGGGAUCACUCCCCAGAAGACGCCGAAGAUCAGGACCGAGAGUCCUCGAGUUGACACGAGGAGUUCCAGAGUCGACGUUCCGGUCGGAGAGAGUCCCGCAGUCGUCGACACUCCGGUGGGAAAGAGUCCCAAGGUCGACACUCCGGUCACGAAGAGCGCCGGGGGCGACACUCCGGUCGCAAAGAGUCCCGCAGUCGGCACCCCGGUUGGCGAGAGUCCCGGGGACGUCGUGGUGAAGAGGAAGAGGGGAAGACCACGGAAGAACAGCGUGGCCCCUCCCUUGGUGCCGGAAACACCACCCGCUGUUGUAAAGCAGGUGGAAGAAGCGCCCGUGGAGGAACCCAAAGCGGAAGAAGACACCCCCCGCCGUGGGGGGUCCAAGAAAUCCCGAAAGACCGUCCCCCGGAAAGUCCCCCGCGGGGGAUCGGUGGUGGACGACGCGAAGAAGCUGGAGAAGGAGGAGCUGCUGUCGGAGAUCUCGGCCAUUUCGAAUGUGGCCCCCCUGAGGAAGGUGGAGGACCCUCUUCCACCUCCUCCUCCACCCCCCGCGGAAGAAGCGGCUUGCCGGUGUGCGGAGCUGACCCUGCCCCUGAAGAAGCGGAAGCACCAGAAGGGAGUGCCGGAGAAGCGGUGCCCCCAUGCUGGAACCCCUGCGUGCUCCAGGACCUCCAAGUCGCCGCCGCACAAGAAGAAGGUGCGUGAGUUUAUUUAUAGUCUGUGUAUUUAG